CUGCGCGAGUACACCUUGACCGAAUCGUAUCAUGAAGACGAAGUCGAAGUGGAAUUCGUCAGCAAUGACAAUCUGCAAGCGAACAGCGAGGCUCCCAGAGGAAUCGAUCCGAACAGGGAUCUAAACGAAGCCAUAGCCGAAGAACGAAGGGAAAUGGACACUCAGAGAUACAGAUAUUGGAGCACGACCGGCAGCGGCCAGCAAGUCGUGACGGACAUCCCGCGAGACAACAAGGCGGCGAUCAUCAACAGCAUCGCCACGUCGUACGCUCUGCAGAGACCGAGGUACACCGCGACCGCGAUACCGCGAACAUCGAAGGUCGUCGUCGACGGUAAAACGAGGUACAGCGAGACAGGGAAGUCCGACUGGCCGUAUUACCAGACGUACAGGCAAACAGCGGAGACGCAGAAGGCGCAAAUCUACGAGGACAUCCAGAGGAAGAUUGCCAACGUAUCGGACGUUUCAAGUACACGAGUAAUGGGCUACUUAUUCGCGAACAACAUGACCAACUCGGUGGAUCAGCGUCAGCACAGAUUCAGGAUGAAACAUCAUGGAUUGACAUCCAAAGGCAAACGAAUUAGAACACGUGCACCGAGAGAUUGCAAGGUCGGCGAAUGGGGCCCGUGGAGCGCGUGUAGUCGCAGCUGCGGGGUAGGCGAGACCCAGAGGACGCGGAAAAUCACGAUAAAGCCGCGCCGGGGUGGCGCACCGUGUCCGCCGUUGAAGGAGACCAAGUGGUGUGGUAGCGUCAAUCCGUGCUCGGAGAGUAAGCCGAUCAUCGACUAUCAUUGGUAGUCAUCGUCCGCGUCGGUCCCCUUCCACGAACACGUGUACCGUACCAAAGUGACUCGCUCACGGACGAAAGGUCGUGUAAGCCAAAGACGGGCGAGACGAGCGAGGAGUGACUUAUGCGAGAAACGCACGCUGGGACGCGAAUAUGAUUAAAUAAUUCAAUGAAUGGAAAAUGAUACACAGGCUAGAGAAGAGUAUCUUUUUUAUAUCUCUCUCAGUAGUCACCGCAACAUGACUAGACGUGUAUUUAUGGGACAUACCAUGUGUCCCAUUUAGAAAACGUAACAUCUGCGUGAUUUGACAAUAUGCGUUACACGAAAAUUCAUAAACAAUAUCUGAUAUUUUAAGGUAAAAGAAUUAGUAACUGUUGCAGCGAUUACAUUGGCAUCGGACGAUAAUACCGUGUACAUUUACACAGAUGACUGUAAUGACCAUGCAUGACGUAAUUUCACGUAAUCCCGUUGCUAUUAAAUCCUGUUUGAUAUAUAUAAUGAGUGGCCGUGACGAGAAAGAGCGUCGAGUCAUAUAAUCGAACGAUAUAAUAUAUUUCAUUACAAUUAGUAUUCGCAGCCAUUACAUAUUUUCGCAAACAAGCGGAGAAGCAUUAUCACAUACGGCUGCUUUAUUUUACUCGCUUGCAUUUAUUGUCGUUUGAUGUCACGUUCGUCGAGCGAUACAUAUACAUAUAGAUAUGUAUCGCUCGGACCGCGAAUUGAAAACACAAAGAUUGCCAAAGAGAAAUUCGAAUAGCUGACUCGCGUCGUAUCGCGUUUCCGCGUGUAUCACUGAAAUGCGUUUGAGGCUCGAUUUUCACUCCGAGCGCACGGCGUUUCGAUCUUUUUUGUUUUCAGAAUAAUUGAACAAUCGGCAUUGUUUAUCGAAUUUGUUACAGCAAAAAUGCUAUAGCAAAAACAAGCAAAAAAA